CCGUACUGUCAAGUGAAACGCCCGCAGUGUUCUUGGACUCAAAUAUAUCAAAGCAGGCUCGUCUCCUUUCCUCACCAACCAAGAUCUACAAUAUGGCUUCACGGAUGGUCAACCCCAAGAUCUUCGAGGACUUGCAGACCCGCGUGGACCAAGAUUCUCAAAUUCAAAAGGACCUGAAAGAAACGGUCUCGACCUUGGAGAAGCAAGGCAAAUCCACUCAUGCCAUCCUUUCUCGAGCCCACUCGACAAUCCCCUCAGAGAAAGUCUUGAGCGUCACCUCUUCCGCCGAAGCUUCGAUUCGCAAUGAGAUUGAUACAAUUAGCAGACUUGCCGAGUCAGCUUCGAAGCAUCCCUACUACAAGUGGAACAAUAUCUGGUCAAGACACGUGCAGGAUACGAUCUUUGGGAUCCUCUUCUGCGGGUGGCUAGGCGGGUUUGACGGCGUCGAUGGAGAGGGGAAGCAGGGCCGGCUUCUUACUAUCGAGCAAGUUGGUGCGGCCAUGAAAGUGCCUGUCAAUCUCGAGGACCGCGAUGCGUUCCAUAUUACGAUCGAGGAGUACCUGCAAGCUUUGAUCUCACUCAUCGACGAACUAGCACGACUUGCACGAAACUCAGUCACGCUUGGUGAUAACCUGCUUCCGUUGAAGAUAAGCCAGUUCAUCAAAGAUGUGCAUGCCGGCUUCCAGAUUCUGAACUUGAAGAAUGAUAGUCUACGUCGCAGGAGUGACGGCAUUAAAUACAGGGUCAAGGAAGUUGAAGACGUCGUGUAUGACCUCUCAUUGAGAAAUCUGGUACCGAAUGAGCCGUGAAGUACCAUUUACAAUUUCACGAAUAUUUGAAGCAAAAGGCUUAUAGAACGGUGGGGCAACAGAGGCUUUGAAUUGUGAUAUUGUCGCGGAUGGAAAGAGGCCUGGCAGAUAUCCUGAGUUGAUAUUGCUGAACCAGCCAAGCGAUUUCGAUCAUGACAUAGACAUAUCGAGAUCAAUCCGAAUACAUCAAUUACCUGUAUCCAAGUUGUAGUAUAGAUGAAACAUCUCGCGGAGCUUAAGCACAGACCAUCCAAA